CAAAGAUAUUCAGAUAUUUAUACAUAACUUACUGUAUAUUCACGACUAAUAUCUCUCCCAUAACUUGUGAACACAACUAUUGACGGACUAUUAGUCGCUGAAUACUAACCUGUGUUUCAAAAACCAAAUUAUUGUGUGAAGUGAUAGUCAUAUAUAAUCGGAUUUCUUAAGCAUAAUGUCCGGUACGACCAUCAGAUCUACGGCGCCACACAAGUCUGUGAUCGCGCGGUUAGACUCAUCGCCGGUGCGCCGGAGGGUUAUGCAGCCCACGCCUCUGGUCUAUGCGAUGGCCGCUCGCCAGACGUCCCAAGAGGACGAGGAGCAACGGUCGAUCACCAGCACCACCAUCACCACCGCCAGUACGGCCACGACGGCUAACUAUAGGCCAACACCGGGCGUCCGGUCGCCCACUAAGUCAUACCAUUCCUCCACGCAUUCCAGCGCUAAGUCCAGUCCGGAGUCCGAUCGCAACAAACACGAGAUAAAGAGACAGUUGUCGACGGAAUACAAGAAGUUAAUGACCGAUAAUAAUAGCAAUAGCAGUGGUGGCGAUGGGGGUAGGGGUCGGCACCGGUCCCCCUCCGCACGCAACGCCGUUAAUGGGAACCGUAGGGGCAAUACAACCAAUAGUGGAACCAAUAGUACAAGACAUAAGUCAAGUGAUAGAAAUAGUAAUACAGAAUCCAUGAAUCAAAUGAAUGGUGAGAUUAAAGUCGUGAGUGAUAUGUCGUCGAUGACCAGCACUUCAUCGACGGUUACGACAACACAACCCAAGCAACUGAUGGCCGCCGAAGAGAAACAGUGCAAUAGAUUUGGAUUUUUUAUUGACUCCAAUAAGACAGAGGUUUUGCCUGAACUCAAGAGACAGGAAAUCCAUUUGAUCCGCAAACGAGAGAAGAAAUGGAUCCAAAUGUUAGACAAAUGGGAUAAAUAUAUAAACAAUCGCUGGAAGACU